AUGUCUAGCCCUGAAUUUGGUGAAGCAGAACCUAAGGAGAUGCACAGGACUCUGAGGAGCUCAGGCAAUGGCAUGGGGUUUCCUGGCCAUGGUUUCCCUGAUCUUCAGAAGACUGUGCAUGCUGAAUUAUAUUUGGAAAAAAUUAACAUUGGCCCAAAACUCCGAAAAAGGGAUGCAGGUGGAAGAAGAUCGAACUUCAUCAAGAUCCUAAACAUCGUUUUUGACAGGGCCGAGAUUUUAAAGAGGAAACUACUAAACAAAUAUAACAGGGAAUAUAAAAAAUACCUAAUGGAGAUGAAGAAUAAAGAAGAGGAAGCAGCAGAGCAGGCAACUUUCUGGGAGGUCAUAAAAUCCAGAUAUUCCACUUCUUGCACUAUUCUGUUUGAUCCAUUGUAUGGACCUAAAGAAAGCAAAAGUGGAGAAGUAGGACCUGGUAUAACAUGUACAGUAAAGGAAGCUCAACCUUCCUCAGUACCAACCAAAACCUCCAGCCCAAAACAGCAGUGUAUAGUAGAGGAGAACACUAAGUUUGUCAUUCCAAGCACAUCAACAUCUGCCAAGCAGCCUGGGGCAAAUGACCCAGAGAAAAGCACAGGAUGUUCCACUUGGCACUCUCUUCCAUUAGAUCCUUUGUAUGGACCUGAAGAAAACAAAAGUGGAGAAGAAAGACCUGGUGCAACAUUAAGAGCAAAGGAAGCUCAGCCUUCCUCAGUGCCAACCAAAUCCUCCAGCCCACCACAACAGCAUUCCAGAGAGGAGAAUGCUAAGUUAAUCACCCCAAGCAUGUCACUAUCUGAAGGGCUGCCUGGGGAAAAUGCCACAGAGGAAAGCACAGUUCAGAAAGUUAGAGGCCUAUGUCCUGUGAUCCUCCCUCACGAUUUAUGUGAGAAAUUUCUAAAGUCUGCGAGGAAGAACACUACGAAGAUAAUUGAUACCUGUGGUGUUUUGUGCGGAUCCAUGGUAGGAGAGGAGUACCAUAUCAUGCACAUAGUCAUACCACCCCAGGAAGGAGGCCCUGACUAUUGUUAUGCCACCAAUGAGGAGGAACUGUUUUUUAUCCAAGAAGAACUAGGGCUUCUCACCUUAGGGUGGAUUCAUACCCAUCCAACCCAGAGAGCAUUCUUAUCAAGUGUGGACCUACACACCCACUUUUGCUACCAGCAGAUGCUGCCUGAGUCCAUCGCAGUGGUGUGAGUCCCCAAAUACAAAGAAACUGGAAUUUUCUCACAGACACCUACUGGGAUAAAUGAAAUUUCCUGCUGCUCCAGGAGGGGGUUCUAUCCUCAUAGAGAGGACACUUCUCUCUUCUGCAGGUGCAUAACAAUCGAUAGAGUUGUGGAGCACAGUUCCAGUGUACACAGCUACAAACAGGCCCUCAUCCAAGUCUCCAAGAAUGGUGAAGAAAGAGAGGAGACACUGCAUGAGCCAGAGGAUCAGAGACCUUGCUGA